ACGCCUGCAGAAAACAAAACAAAUGGCAGCUGCAUUUCCCAAAUUACAAAAUUGUGAAACCACAAGGAGAAAUAAGGGGAAGCUUAUAGAUGUUGCACGUUCAGCUUCUUUCUUCAGACCUUUGCUUUUAUUUCCACCAUGAGGACCUCUGGGACAUCUGUUGGCUUCUUUAAUGCUCCGGUUUUCUGCCUCUUGUGGCUUACUCGGUUGACGGUGGCCUCGGCUCAGCUGUCUGGCCCAGGGGUGGUGACAGCAGUGGACGGUGGAUCUGUGACCAUCUCUUGUCAGUACGACCCUCUGUUCAAAGAGAACACAAAGUACUGGUGCAGAGGGUUCGUGUAUGAGUUUUGCAAGAUAAUUGUGAAGACACCCAAGGACCGAAAUGAUAAAAGAAGCUCUAUUAUUGAUAACAAGGAAGCAGGAUUCUUCAACGUGACUAUGACUUUGCUCGGGGAAAGUGAUGUGGAUACUUACUGGUGUGUCAUUGCCAGACAUGGGAGGAACGUCUUCACUAGUGUCCAACUCCUCAUCUCACACGCAGUGACCACUGAGCCCCUAACCACAGAAGUUAAUUCAUUACUGAUAACGCAAGAGGAUCCCGUAAGUUUGUGGGGAAUUCUACGUUGGAUCCUCUUUAUUUUAAUGCUGUGUUGUUUUGCAGCAACGCAUGUCGCCGUGAGGAGGAUGAAACCCGAGAAAAUGUAGCUGAAACAACAACUUUGCCAUCAAAGCUCAGUAAUCGGUUCAUUCCUGCUGAGGCUACAAGACCAUCCUUUCAGUGGACAUUCAUUCAUUCAGUGUGUGAAUCGGCCUGAAAAUAAAGUGAAAAAGUAG